ACUCAAUCGCGCCCUGUCGCGUGUCCGCUUCGAGCUUUUAACAGUCGCUGUUAUACGAUGAACAUAGCCUCCACCACUGCCUCCAUAAACUUCCCCUUCCAACUCUCAUCACUCGCCUUUCGCGCGUCCCACAAACGCGCCACUUUCUUACUUUCUUUUGCUUCUCGUUCUGUCUCCAAAACCGCCAUGGCCUCCGCUGCUCUCCGAUCAUCCACUCCAGUCCCAGCCGAACUCAACGAUGAGUCCGACUUCGAAUCUCUCCUCUCUCCGGACGGUUACAUCUCCAUAUGCGGUUUCGGCUCUCUCCUCUCCGAGAGAAGCGCACGAAGCACUUUCCCCGAUUUGGCAAACUUCAGAACCGCACAGUUGAAAAGCUUCCGGCGGGUCUUCGCGCACGUCGCUCCGGUUUUCUUCGAGCGCGGCAUUGCGAAGCCCGAAACCAUGGAGAUUUCGAGCUUGAGUGUGGAGCCAUGUGAAGGAGAAACUCUUGUAGUAACAGUGUUUGAGAUCAGAAAAUCUGAGAUUCCAGAUUUCAUCAAGAGGGAGGUUGAGUUUCGGUUUCUUGCUGUUCUUCCUGAAACGCUUGAUGGCCAUGCUUUUGAUUUUCCAGCGGUCCUUUGUGCCCGUUACAGUGAUGAGGAAUUUUUCAACAUUAGAUGUAAAGGAAUCAAGGAAAUCUAUUUUCAGCAAUAUGGACGGUGGAAUAUAGAUAAAAUUUGGAGAGAUGAUGUCUUACCUUGUCGGGUUUAUCUUAGACACUGUGUACUAGCAGCAAAGAAUCUUGGUGAAACAGCCUACAACAACUUUCUGGAUCACACUUAUCUUGCUGACCGGAAAACAACCAUUCGCGAGUACUUGGCAACAACAGGUUCUGGUAUCAUGGAAGAGCAGCCCCCUGAAUCCCUCAAGCACCGCUAUGGCGGUUGAUAAUUUUAGCAGCAAUGAAUAUAUCAAUGUAAAGUGAUGGCAGAUGGGCUGAAGGGCUUGAUUCUUCAAUAUAAAAACUGUACAAUCUUUAAUAAUUCAUGAUUCACGACUUUCACUCUUCCGAUUUGGUGCUGAAUAUCAAGCUAAAAACAGCAUCAAUACAACUGACCUUAGCAUGUGUGUAAAAGAAAUUUGUUGCUGAGUACCGUUUAAUUGUUUCCUUGGUUGAGCACAUUA